AUGGUAGCUGUGGGUGUAUCACCUACCCCAGCAAACACCUUCCUGGCAUACUUAGCUAUCAUCGUCAACAACAGUAUAUCUCUGUCUCCUGAUUCCUCUUCACCCUGGGGUGCUGAACCAAAUAGGCAACAUCAUCAGGAUGUCUGCAGUACAGCAGAGACCUCCACUAAUAAAGAGGCCAGAAAAAGCUUGGCUUCAUUCCCAACAUAUGUUGAAGUUCCUGGACCUUGUGAUCCUGAAGACUUGAUUGAUGGAAUAAUUUUUGCUGCCAAUUGCCUUGGCUCCACUCAACUGCUUUCUGACAAAACUCCCUCCAAGAAUGUGAGAAUGAUGCAGGCACAGGAGGCUGUCAGCAGAAUCAAGAUGGCCCAGAAAUUAUUCAAAGGCAGGAAGAAGGCUCCAGAAGGUGAAUCUCGAUCUGUGACUGAAGUGGACCUCUUCAUUUCUAUGCAGAGAAUAAAAGUAUUGAAUGCAGACACACAGGAAACUAUGAUGGAUCAUCUUCUGAGGACCAUUUCUUACAUUGCAGAUAUAGGGAAUAUAGUUGUUCUGAUGGCUCGUAGACAAAUGCUGUGAUCAAAUUCCCGGGACAAUGUGGAAGUAUCUCACCCCUCUCAAGAUGGAAAAAGGCAAUACAAAAUCAUUUGCCACGUCUUUGAGUCUGAGGAUGCACAGCUGAUUGCACAGUCUAUAGGUCAAGCAUUUAGCAUGGCCUACCAGGAAUUUCUAAGGGCAAAUGGAAUCAAUUUGGAAGACCUAAGCCAGAAGGAACAUAGUGACUUGCUCAAUUCCUGGGACAUUUACAAUGAUGACUUGAUUCAUUUUUCCAAAUCUGAAAACUGCAAAGAUGUUUACAUUGAAAAGCAAAAGGGAGAAAUUCUAGGUGUACUGAUUGUGGAAUCUGGCUGGGGAUCCAUUUUGCCUACAGUUAUCAUAGCCAACAUGAUGCAUGGAGGACCAGCAGAGAAGUCUGGGAAACUAAAUAUAGGGGACCAGAUCAUGUCAAUUGAUGUGACCAGUUUGGUUGGCUUACCACUCUCAACAUGCCAGAGCAUUAUAAAGGGUUUGAAAAACGAAGCCCAAGUUAAACUGAAUGUAGUUAGAUGUCCUCCGGUAACCACAGUCUUGAUCAGGAGACCUGACCUCAGAUACCAGUUAGGCUUCAGUGUACAGAAUGGAAUUAUCUGUAGCCUUAUGAGAGGAGGUAUAGCAGAGCGAGGAGGAGUGCAAGUUGGCCAUCGUAUCAUUGAAAUCAAUGGGCAAAGUGUUGUAGCAACACCUCAUGAGAAAAUUGUUCACAUUCUCUCAAAUUCUGUUGGUGAGAUUCAUAUGAAGACCAUGCCAGCUGCUGUGUACAGACUGUUGACUGCGCAAGAGCAACCAGUUUAUAUCUAA